AUGACUCCGUAUGAAGCGGUUUUUGGUCAAAAACCACGAAUGGGACUGGCAACAAAAGUACCUCGAGAAUUAUUGGACAAUAUAAUGACAGGAACGCUGGAAGAGGAUAUGUUGGACAUGCUUUUUGAUCCAUCUACUACACCUACUACAAUAUCUACUCAUACCAUUCCGGAAUAUCGGAACGAUGAAGACGUGGAAGUACUCAAUAUUGAAACAAAUGAUUUAGAGGGUACGCAUGAAGCAGAACUACUAGAAAUCAAUACUGCGUGCUCACUACAUGUUACGCCCGAAAAUGGAGUACAGCAAAAACUUGAUAAUUUGAUAAAGACCACACAAAACAUUUUAGAGAUUGAAAGUAACACCGACGAAAACACUUAA